AUGAAGAGUCGUGCAGGGAGGUGGUGCAGCUGCAGCCUCCUCCUCCUCCACAGGCCUGAGAUGGGUGCUGCUUGUGUUCAACUCCUGUUGGCUGCCACCCUGUGGACGAUGCCUCACGUUGGAGCUGCUGCUGCGGCUGUUGUUGUGCUGCCGAGCUCCACCGAGCCGAUCAACAUGACCAGAGCAGAGUCAGGCUUCAGGAUGUUUCCUGGAGCUGUCAGCAGACAUAAACGAGCCGUUUCUUCCAGAGAGAUCAACGCUCUGCUGGAUUACCACAACCGGGUCCGCUCUCAGGUCUUCCCCCCUGCAGCUAAUAUGGAGUUCAUGCUCUGGGAUCAAGGACUUGCUAAGUCAGCUGACUCUUGGGCUUCACGAUGCGUCUGGGAUCAUGGACCAACACAAGCCAUGAGAUACAUGGGCCAGAACCUGUCAAUCACUUCAGGAAGGUACCAGUCCAUCACUGAUCUGGUCCGGUCCUGGUAUGAGGAGAGGCAUCACUUCUCCUACCCCAACAGAUGCAGUGGAUCGGUGUGCUCUCACUACACUCAGAUGGUUUGGGCAAGCACCAACAGAGUGGGAUGUGCUGUCAGGAAGUGUUCUAACAUGAAUGUUUUUGGGAGCACAUGGAGAGAGGCAACACUGCUGGUCUGCAACUACUCUAUAAAGGGAAAUUGGGUGGGCGAAGCGCCCUAUAAGAGCGGGAAGCCUUGUUCCGUCUGUCCGUCCAGCUACGGUGGAUCCUGCUGGAGGAACCAGUGUUCACCAAACAUAAAAACAAGAAGACUCACAAGAUAACAACACAACAUAGUGUUUUUAAAAUGUAUUUUAAUUGAACAUAAAAGUCAUAGACAAGUUUUAAUCAACCAGGGCCUGCAUUAUAAAAUAAAAAAAUGAUGCAGCUGUCCAUUUACAACUAUGUUCACAGUGAAUCUUAAUGAAUUAAUGUUUCACACACAAUUGAGAGAAUAUAGUCCGUAUAAAUAUUAUUUUUUUCAUUGCUGUUGGUCAGUAACAAAAUAAUAUUGACAACAAAAGACAUUUUCUUUCAUCCAGUGAAAUAUUCUUUAUACUUCUUGAAGACAUCUUUAAAGUUUUUGCACUGUUAUUGGUGAAUUUGUUGGUUUCUGACCAAAAAUGAAGCACUUUUGUUGUAUAGUUUAUAUUUACUGUAACCUUAGAUGUGUUUUUGAUCCCCCCUCUUACCUGAUUUAAUUUUUUUGUUGUUGUUGUUGUUGUUCUUUGUGAAAAAAUUGUCAAGUCAUUCCUGCAGUGAAUGCGUUUAAUUUACGGUUGUCUGUUUGCCUGGCUGAACAAUAAUGAAGUUAUAAAUAACUGAUGACGCUGUAUAUCCCUAUAAAUAAUCUGCUGUUCACUACUUUGUGUUUAUUCACUGCUGCUGCAGGAAAUUUCCUGCCCUGCAUCUCACCUCAUUACAUCUCUCCAUUAAGCCCUCAGAGACUUUUUGUGCCAUAAAACAGGAGACUAAUGCAGCUUUUAUGGCCCAAAAUAUAAGGGGAACACACACACAGAGUGGCCACUAACAGCAAACUAUUUGAUAUGAAAGCCAUUUUUGUCCAGCAAACAACAUUCCUCACAAACUGAAAGUUGUAAGAGCAGCCGAGCUCAGCACUUCUGUCACUGUAACGAUUAUUUUUUCCUUUUUCUUUUUUACAGUUCUGGUUAUCAAAGGUAAAUUGCAUCAGUUUUCAGGUUGUCAUCACCAGUUAAUGUAUCCACAGACACUUAAAGCCUUCCUUCUGACACAUUUUAAAGUAUGUAAGAAUAUUGUGAAUAAUAUUUUGAAUUAACAUGAUUUUCAAACGUAAAAAAAAGCAACUGAAAAUAGGCAGGAAGCACCUCUAAUCUUCCUCCCUCACUCAGAAAUUCUGAAUCUGGCCUCUGCCCCUCCCACUACUGCUGCAUUCUGGUCUAUUUUCUCCAUUAGAAGAAACCUUGGGGUGAUUCAGGCUUGCAUAUUCACACCCCAAGUGCGGAUAACAUCCUUUAAACUGUACGGCCG